AUGGAGCGCCACAAACAGGCCGUGACCAAGAUCGCGGCCGCCGUCCGCGGCUUCUUCGACAAGCGCGAGUCGUACCGCAUCUUCCACGGCUCGACAAACAGCACGCGGCCGCGGCCGGGCCAGGCCGGCAUCGUCGACAUCAGCGCCCUGCGGCACGUCUUGUCGGUCGACCGCGCCGCGCGCACCGCCCUCGUCGAGCCCAAUGUGCCCAUGGACCGCCUCGUCGAGGCCACGCUGCCGCACGGGCUCGUGCCCCCCGUCGUCAUGGAGUUUCCCGGCAUCACCGCUGGCGGCGGCUACGCCGGCACCGCCGGCGAGAGCUCCUCGUUCCGCCACGGCUUCUUUGACGAGACCAUCAACUAUGUCGAGAUGGUGCUCGGCAACGGUGAGGUCGUGCGCGCCUCCCGUGAGGAGCGUGCCGACCUGUUCCGCGGCGCUGCCGGCGCCGUCGGCACCCUCGGCGUCACCACCCUCAUGGAGCUCCGCCUCGUCGAGGCACGCAAGUACGUCCAGACGACGUACCACCGCACGAGCUCCGUCGCAGAGGCCGUCGCCCGCGUCCGCGCCGAGACGGAGAACCCGGCCAACGACUACGUCGACGGCAUCCUCUUCUCCAAGGACCACGGCGUCGUCGUCACUGGCCGCAUGACCGACGAGAUUCCCGCCGACCGCACCCCACAAACCUUUAGCCGCGCCCUCGACCCGUGGUUCUACCUGCACGCCCGCGAUUCCACGAAAGCCCUGCCCUCGGCCGCGACGGCCGCCGACGGUGCCGCCCAGACGUCCUGCACCGAUUACGUGCCGCUCGCCGAGUACCUCUUCCGCUACGACCGCGCCGGCUUCUGGGUCGGCGCCCAGGGCUGGAACUACUUCAAGCUGGUGCCCUUCAACAAGUGGACGCGCUGGUUCCUCGACGAUUUUAUCCACACCCGCAUGAUGUACCGCGCGCUGCACGCCAGCGGCGAGUCGGCGCGCUUCGUUGUCCAGGACUUGUCCCUGCCGUACCCCAACGCCGAGGCCUUUGUCGACUACACGGCCGACACGUUCAACAUCUGGCCGCUGUGGCUGUGCCCGCUCAAGCCCACGCAGCAGCCGACGUUUCAUCCGCACACUGGCCUCACCGAGGUCUCUGGGCCGCCCCCGACGGGUACCGAGCAGCAGCAGCAGCAGCAGCAGCAGGCGCCCAUGCUCAACAUUGGCCUCUGGGGCUGGGGCCCUGCCGACUUUGAGGAGUUUGUCGACAAGAACCGCGACCUCGAGGCCAAGUUGCAGGCGCUCGGCGGCCGCAAGUGGCUGUACGCGCACACGUACUACGCCGAGGAGGACUUUUGGACGGUCUACGACAAGCCGUGGUACACGGCGCUGCGGGAAAAGUACAGCGCCACCACGCUGCCCACCGUCUACGACAAGGUCAAGAUUGACGUCGAGGCCAACCGCCGCAAGAGACAGGAGACGAGGCAGUCGCUCAAGGGCAAGUGGCCUGUCGGUGGUCUGUACGGCAUCUGGAAGGCCAUUCAGAGUGGCGACUACCACCUGCACAGACGAGCCGAGUGGAAGUACAAGGAGAACAAGUAA